AAGGAUUGCCUGUCAAGGGGGAGCCACCUGAUAGCAAGGACCUCAGGGGAGCCAAAAACCUUACAGCUGGAUAUCAGGUGAAACGAUACACCCCACUGCUUCAUCUCCUCCUCCUCCGUCCUCCUCCUUCAUUUCCACUCUUGAUGUAAAGUGUAACAGAACACUUGAAAGAAAACACCAACUACUCCUGCUUGUUUUUUUUUUUCCUCUGUAAAGCUGUCUUCUGUUUUUUUCUCUCCAAUGCUCGUCACCAGCAAGCAGUUGAAUAUCGGUCGCUCCCACAGUUGGGACACCCUGGGGGGGAAUGAGGGGCAGUGGUCCGGGGGAGAAAGCGUUUACGACCACCAAGGCAGGAUUGCGGGCCGACGCAACUCGCUGUCUUACAGGGGAGACAGAGGAGGUUACUACGAGCCACCCCCUGGGGUGCGUCCUCCUGACCUGGAUCUGAAACGAGACCCCUACUCCUACCAGGACUCUCUGUAUAGCCAGCAGGGCUACGCUGCUGAUCCCUGCGAAAAGAGAAAGGGCUCAGUCCCUGAGCUAAACCACUACGACCGUCCAAACAUGGCUCAUAGUCACCAAGGAUCCGUCGUCUCCCAGGAAUAUUAUCCCCAUGACCCUGCUAUGGCUCCCCGACCACCGGAGGAUCCCCGGGGCUUCUACCGGGUGGAGCAGCAGCCACAGCCUCACCCGCUUAACAGAUCCCCGUCCCACUAUGGGAUGAACCCAGUGGGACGGUUGCCAUGGGACCAGGGACAGGGAGGGAGGCCCGGACCUCCGGGUCCUCCAUCGGCUUCUCCUCUUCCUCCUCCCCCUCCUCCGCCAACUGCCCAUGGCAUGAACCAGGUUUACAGUCAGCCUGCAGCUGUAGCUGCCGCUGCCAAGAUGAUGCCAGAUGGCCAGCGCUCUCCUGCUCACUAUGGGAUGGAACAACCAUCUUCGCCUCGGUACGCAUCUGAGCCACCCCCUCUAGCUGGACAGCCGGUCUACACCGACAUCAACGGCCGUCCCCUGGACCAUCGGCAGCAGCAACCCGCAGCCACCUGCCUGGUGGUGGAUCCUAACACACAGGGGCUGGAUGGGAGCAUGCAACAGCGAGCCUCCACAGACCAACAUGCAGGUCUACAACACCAACCCUCCUCUCGCCGCUCCUGCCCCUCUUCCUCCCCCACCAGCCCCUGUAGCCCUCCCCUUCCACCUCCCACAGCCCCCCAGACGCCUGCAGACCCAAAGAGGAACGCCGACCCAGAGUUCCUGGCUCUGCUUCGUAAUGAGGGUCUCUCGGAGAGUACCAUCUCCUCACUCAUCCAGCAGGGCUUUGACACAACCGCCAUGCUGGCAGUCAUGGAAGAGAAUGACGUGCGCUCUGUGGCUCCCAACUUAGGGCAGGCGCGUGUGCUGUCGCGGGUAGCCAUCAGUGUCAAGAGGCCCUUGGAGCCUACACCCACGUCCCAGCAACAGGCCCCCAUGCGGGGCCGCUCCAACAGCUUCAGCCACCGCUCUGACAUGUACCUCCAACAGCAGCAGCAGCACCAACAUCAUCAGCAGGCCAUGGCAAUGGGCAUGGAUCCACGGCUAAUGCCACCACAGACCCCUGGUGUCAUGCAGACCAUCUCCCCCGCGAUGGCCGAGGCCAUGGCCAGGAGGCCUAACAGCGCUCCCUCUCAGCACCUCCUAGAAACCACCCAGGGCUACCCAGGACCUCGUACCCCGGGGCCCUACAGUGGUGCCAUGGUCCCUGUCCAGUCCCGGCCCGUGUCUGCAUACUCCCAACACCCAGGGGCUGCAAUGCAAGCCAUGCAACAACAGCAGGUGCCAGUGUCCAUGCCUGCCCUGCCGCCACCUCAGCAGGCCCCGAAGGCGUACUCCACCAACUACACAGUGCCCAUGGAGCUGAUGAAGCGGGACCGUAGCCUGCAACCCAUGUCGCCCAUGCACAGCCCCCACCUCAGCCCUCAGAUGAUGCGCAAAGCUGGGGGCACCCCGUCUGAUGGCGCCAUGAUGCCCGUGGGUACCACCAUGCAGAGCCAGAGUGCUAUGGCCGCCAACCAGAAGCUUAGCCGCCGUACCGGCCCACCUGUUAUCGUCUCCACCAUGGCAUCACCAGAUACAAGUAUCCGGCCCCAGAUCAUGAAUGGGCCGAUGCACCCUCGCCCCCUAGUGGCCCUGUUAGAUGGGCGUGACUGUACAGUAGAGAUGCCCAUCCUCAAAGACCUGGCCACUGUCGCUUUCUGUGACGCUCAGUCCACACAGGAGAUCCAUGAGAAGGUGCUGAACGAGGCAGUAGGGGCCAUGAUGUACCACACCAUCACUUUGACCAGAGAAGACCUGGAGAAAUUCAAGGCUCUACGCAUCAUCAUCCGCAUCGGCAGCGGCUACGACAACAUCGACAUCAAGGCGGCCGGAGAGAUGGGCAUCGCGGUGUGUAACAUCCCGUCGGCGGCAGUGGAGGAGACAGCAGACUCCACUCUGUGCCACAUUCUCAACCUGUACCGGCGGAAUACCUGGCUGUACCAGGCUCUCAGGGAGGGCACGCGGGUCCAGAGUGUGGAGCAGAUCAGAGAGGUGGCGUCCGGAGCCGCCAGGAUCCGAGGAGAAACGCUGGGCCUCAUCGGCUUCGGUCGUUCAGGGCAGGCGGUGGCGGUGCGGGCCAAGGUGUUUGGCUUCAACGUGAUCUUCUACGACCCGUACCUGCAGGACGGCCUUGAGCGUUCGCUGGGUGUUCAGCGUGUCUACACCCUGCAAGACCUGCUCUACCAGAGUGACUGUGUCUCCCUGCACUGCAACCUGAACGAACACAACCACCACCUCAUCAACGACUUCACCAUCAAACAGAUGCGACAGGGUGCGUUCCUGGUGAACUCUGCACGGGGAGGUCUGGUGGAUGAGAAGGCCUUGGCUCAGGCCCUGAAAGAGGGCAGGAUACGGGGGGCCGCUCUGGACGUUCAUGAGUCAGAACCCUUCAGUUUUACCCAGGGUCCUCUGAAGGAUGCUCCUAACCUGAUCUGUACUCCUCACACGGCCUGGUACAGUGAACAGGCCUCACUAGAGAUGAGAGAGGCAGCCGCCACAGAGAUACGCAGAGCCGUCACUGGCCGUAUCCCCGACAGUUUACGAAACUGUGUCAACAAGGAGUUCUUUGUUACCACAGCGCCCUGGACAGUGGAACAGCAGCAGAUGCAGCAGCAGAUGCACCCUGAACUCAACGGUGCCACGUACAGAGUACCCCCUGGUGUGGUGGGUGUGGCCUCGGGUGGGAUCCCUGGGCCGAUGGAGGGGAUGAUGCCUGGGGGGGUGCCCAUCGCCCACACCCUGCCCUCUGGUACCCACCCCUCCCAGGCCCCCUCCCCCAACCAACCCUCCAAACAAGGGGAGCCCAUGAGACAGCACAUGACCGAGCCAUAACUCUGCAUCCAGGGAGGAAGGAGUUCAUAUAUACAAAACCGACCAACUGACCCACCCGCUCUUAGACCAGCAGACUGAUCGUUAGGGUUCACACAGAACACCAGAACCAAGUGGGGACAGUGAAUAUAUUCACAACUGACACUCCAAAGUGGGGACAGUCAAAACUCAUUUUCCAAGGAUCUGAACUUUUCACUUCUAAUUUUCCUUUGUUUUAGUUUUUAUUCAGUUUAAGUGUUUACUCUUCUUUUUUUUGAGUGUUUGUUGGAAGAUUCCUGUGUUUUGGGACAAGUUGUUACCGAGUGCCAGAGUUAAGGCUCGCCCAUCUUGACUGACCCACCAAUGGGAGAGCUUGGAAGGACAAUGACAUCAUCUGUUACUGCCCCAUUCUUCGUUUCAGUUCAGUCCACGUGUGUCUGUGUAUUUUUCUUUCACCUGUUCUGAGACCACCCUACAAGUGAAUAUCUGUCUUUCUGUUCUUCAAUGUGAAAAAAAAUUAAUGAUUAUAAAAUGACAUAUAUUUAUCAGACAGUAGAAAAAGACAAUUGGUGUUGCCAGUGGCAUCGGCAGUCUCAAUGGGGACCUCUAAACCCUUUCCUAGUCCAUCUCUCACCCUGUUGACUGCUGGCUCAUGAAUUUACAGACAGUAAUGUUGGGCACAUCAGGGUUACCAGAUCUCUUGAGCCUCAUGACCAGAACGAGACAAAAACAAUAAGCCCAAAUGCCAAUCUGAAGAAUCAAAACAAAAACUCAAUGUAAAAGUGAAUAUGGGACCUAAAACCCUUAUUUGAAUUUGUCCAUUGUGAACAUCUCUCAACCCCUGAGAACACCCAAAGUAUUAUAGAGAAGAUUUUGUUCUGGUAAAACUCCAAUUUAGUUGUUUAGUUCCUCUUAAGAUCUUUUUCAAAGAUCCAGGUUCUGGCGCACGGGUGGGAGAGAGACUAGUGUGAUAAAGGUUAUGAUCGCAAUUUCAGACAAUGUGAAGUUGUAACUAUUGAUGAAUUGCCUUUCAUUCCGACUUUGGAUUCAGUAAUCACGUGGUGGUCUGCCGCUAAAAUAUUGAAGUAAGAAAUGGAUGCAACGGCAGUUCUAACUGUUAAAAGCACCUCUGCUUUUACCUGGACCUCUACAUUAUGGAUUUGGACAUUGUCACGGGUGUUUGUAUACUAGAUUGAUCUCUUAAAAUGUCCUGUUUUUUUUCCUCACCAAAUGGACUUACAAAGUAGCACCAGGCAGAUAGGAAAGGGUUUGGAAAAUGAGGUUACCGACUCAGGAAUUUUUUUUUUUUUGCAGAUAUCUUUUUCCCAAAUUCUGUCUGAAAGAAAAAAAAAGUCUGGAUGGUUCUGUGUUUCCACCUUUUCUUCAUUGUGGUAUUUUUAUAAAUCAAACCUGUCUUUUGGUGUUCAAGGUUUUUGCAGAGUCCUGUUAGAUUUGUAUUGGCUAGUUAAAUGUUCUUAUAAUCAUAGUCUAAUGUGAACCACCCUUUCUUUUUGGUUUUCUGUUCUAAUGAAAGCCAGUGGGAGCUCUUAGAGGCAUCGUGCACUGCACUCUGUGAGCAAUAGCAACACCCCUCUAGUGCCCCAAAGUUAGCAAGACAGGGCUGCUAGCAGAUUGUUUGGUUUUUAGUGUGAGUAUUUGUAUUUGUUUCUUGUACAAGGUGAACAUAUAGCAUUCAGUGCAGUUCAAAUAAAAAAAUGCUGCUC